AUGCCCGUGGAUUUUGACAAGCGAGAAUAUUGGCACGAGCGGUUUUCCUCAGAGACCAAGUUCGAAUGGCUCAUCACAUCUGAAAGCUUUAUGGCCAUACUAGAGCCCCUACUCUCCCAGCUACCCAAGGGCUCGCGGAUUUUACAGCUUGGCUCUGGAAACAGCGACUUGCACAACCACUUGCGGGCUCGCGGCUUUCCCAACGUCACCAAUAUUGACUACGAGCCGCUGGCCAUUGAACGGGGUAGACAGCUGGAGAAGUUGGCGUUUGGGGACGUCAGAAUGCGCUACCUCGUCGCUGAUGCCACCAGUAUUGACCCGACAAAUCUCUGCAGUCAAGGUCGAUUCGACUUAGUCGUCGACAAGAGUACCGCUGAUGCCCUUUCCUGCGGUGGUGACGAGGCCGUUAUGGGCAUGCUGCGCGGCGUCAAGGAGUGUUUGGACGCCAAUCACGGGAAAUGGGUGUCGGUCAGCUAUUCUGAGCAUCGCUUCAACCUAGAGGACAACCCGUUCCAUGUUUCUGUCAUGCACAAGGUUCCCACGCCAAAGCGGCUCGAAACCGACCCCGAUAUUUUUCACUGGUGUUAUAUGCUAAGUCCUUCAGCAGUUGCAUCGAGCGGCAUCGAUGGACAUUGCCUACCUAUUUGA